AUGGACCAGCUGGAUCCGAGCCUCGUUCAGCGCGUAAACACCAAUGUCUCGGCCGUUGUCAAGAGGUAUCUGCUGGACGACCAGAACGUAACGCCUAAGAACACGUGUAAGACGUACGGCCCAAAGCAGGCCGAGUGGAUGCCUGGUUGGCCAGGCCAGUACCAGAUAGGCAGAACCCUGCCGGGUCACCCUGUUGACGAGGGGAAGCUAGUGCUCUUCCUUGACGAAGAGAUCGCCUCCCCCGCUCCGAAACGCGGCAAACGUCGCAAGGCCGAGACGCGACGGCUCAUGGCAGAAAGGAAGCUAAAGAGGCGGAAGAGGGAGAGCCCGUUAUCAACUGGGGCGGCCGAUGUGAUCGUCGUUGGCGGGGGUUCGGCCGAAGAUCCAGCGUUAGAAUCGGACUCGGACCUUGGCCGCCGGUACCUCCGCGCUUAA